UUCUGCAAAAAGCUUACUAUUCUUUUUCUCCUUCACUUUCCUCUCUCCCAUUCCCCCACCCCAAACCCCAAAAAACCAACAAAAAAAACAAUGAAACCCAUAACCCCACUCCUCUUCCUCCUCCUCCACCUCCUCUCCACCACUUCCACCACCACCACCACCACCCCCCUUCCAACCCCAUCACCCAUCUCCUCCCCAUCCACUCUCGACCCCAAACAACUAAGCGCUCUUCACGCUCUCGGCCUUUCCACCACUCUCGACCCCUGCUCCAACCCUUCCCCUCACAACAACGCCACCUCCUGCGACUCUUCCCGUCCUUUCCGCCACCUUCUCUCCCUCCAACUUUCCAACUGUUCUUCCGACCUCUCCGACCUCCCCAUCUCCGCCCUCCGCUCUCUCUCCACCCUCACCUCCCUCUCCUUCUCCAACUGCCCUCUCCCCUCCCCUCGUCUCCUCCCUUCCUCCCUCUCCCUCUCUCUCCACUCCUUCUCCUGCUCCUCCUCUCUCCACCACCUCUCCUCCCUCUUCCUCUCCCGUCUCCACAACCUCUCUUACCUUUCCGUCCUCAACGUCCCCAUCUCCGGCUCCGGCGUUGCCAUCAUCACUUCUCACAUGCCCCAUCUUAUUUCCCUCACUCUUUCUCACACCAACCUCUCCUCCAUCCUCCCUCACCAUUGGCACCCUCUUCACCUCUCUCACAUUGACCUUUCCUCCAAUCAACUCAAGGGCCACAUCCCCUCCUCCCUCUCCCUCCUCUCCUCUCUCAAAUCCCUCAAUCUCACCUCCAACUCCCUCCAUGGCCUUCUCCCUGACUCUCUUGCUGAUCUCAUUUCCCUCCGAAACAUUUCUCUUUCUCACAACUCUUUCUCUGGUCCCAUCCCUGACUCCCUCUCCUCUCUCUCCUCCCUUGUUCAUCUAGACCUCAGCUCCAACCAGCUCAACGGCACUCUCCCUACCUUCUUUCCCGCCAUGAAGAACCUCAAGUACUUGAAUCUCGAGAACAACAACUUCCAUGGCGUCAUCCCUUACAAUGCAUCCUUCAUCAAAAGGCUUCAGGUAUUCAAAGUUGGUGGGAAUAGCAACCUGUGCUACAACCAUUCACUGCUCUCGUCCAAGCUUGAGUUAGGAAUCGCCAGGUGUGACCGUUAUGGGCUUCCGGUGUCACCUCCACCGGACAAGUCCUCGGAUUACUCCGGCGAUGAUGAGGAUGAUGGUGGUGGCUCCGGGGAUCGACGGAGGAGCGAUGGUGGACACCAUAGUGGGCCAAGCAAACUGGUGCUUGGGGUGGCCAUUGCUUUGUCUUGUUUGGUGUUUUCAGUGGUCUUCAUUGUUUGCCUAUCAAAGGUAUGUGGAUGCCGGUGAUGUGAUCGGAGGAGGUUCAGCAUUUCAUCUUGUCUUUAAUUUUUUUUUUUUUAUGAUAAUACAUUGAUUUAUUUUAGGAAAAUGUUGUAUUUUGCUUCAUUGGUUUUGCACGGGUGUAAUAGCAUCUUUGGUUGGACUGGACGGUCUGCA